AUGUUACUGGCUGGGCGGACAGGCAUCCUGGUGGGCGCGAGGUCCUCAACCACUACGCUGAGGAAGACGCCACGGACGUCUUCAGAGCCAUGCACCCAGACCCUGACAUUGUGCAGUUGUACCUUAAACCACUGCUCAUUGGAGAGCUUGCUCCAGAAGAGCCCAAACAGGAGAGAAACAAAAAUGUGA